AUGGUUCCAUUCUCUGCGGAAACUGGACUCAAGGUCUGUGUGGGGGUGUUUAUUAUAAGCUCCUUCUUUCUGACUACCUCCUACAACUCCACCUUCGCUUUUGACCGUCCGGUGAGUACUGCCGUACUGGCGUGCUUCAUAACCGGUGCAGUCUUUUUGGCCCUAGGCCGUUUCCUCCCGGCGACGCCACGGAUAUCUUCUACCAGUAAGCGGUUCGGCAUUCCGCUCGCUGAACAGUUCGAACUCUCGUCGCGCAGCUCGCUAUCUUCCCCAUCGAGCCCCAUCUUAGGAGGUCCAGAGGAGCCCGCGCCGUCCCCAUAUCGAUACUGGUGCAACCUUGGCCUUUUAGUAGCCGCAUGCUCUUUGAGGAUUGAGACAUUUCGUCAAGUCUCUUUUAAUACCGAAUGCGCUCCAGCAGGAUAUGGUUACACCGUUCCCUUCAUAAUAUCUUUGUACGACUACUGGCGACAUCAACGAACACAGUCGAAAAAUGAAUAUGUUUCGUCUCGGCCCUCCAAGAGCCGACCUAUCCAAGCCGGGGGGUUCUAUUACCUGACACAGAGCGGAUACAGAGGAGUUCUGGCUGCAACGUUCCUUUCUUUGAGUGGCUAUUCCGCUGCGUCGUUUUACGCCGGCGGUCAAUCCACCUACGUUUGCCCUAUCAUUCUUCACGGCGCUGUGCGAUUACGGGGCUUCAAACUCCUGAAUGUUUUCCUGGACUCUCUUUUAAUCAUUGGGGUUGCUGAGCUAUGCCAGAACAAUCACGGGUUUGAGGGUAACAGACGAAAAAGAGCCAUUCUCUCUUUAGGAGCAGGCCUUAUCGGCGUUUCUUUGCUUUGGGCCAUUAUUGGAUGUUUUAUUUCCAACAGCCGUCCCGAGUUUCUUGGUCAGCCUUUGCUAGACCCGAGAUAUGCACGGAGCGCUUUGAGCCAAGCGACGCUGGCAAUGCUCUUAGUUGUGUCAGCCUGGCAAUUGUUACCCCAACUUGGAGUGUUAGGAUUGUCAAUCCUAGGAGGCUUCGUUUUCAUCUACUUCUCGGCAACUUCAAUACUACUGGUGGAGCAAAUGCCGCUCCCCUAUAUCUCUACAGCCCAUACUGUAUUUCCAUUGAUUGGGUCUUCGAUCGCAGCAGUGCUAUUUCUUCUCUCCCGCAUCAUUUCAGAAGAAGAGUCCAAAGCACUAUUCCGCACAAACGUUUUACUGCAAGCCUUCGUCGUUCUUCUCUGUCUUUUUGGCUUGUGUGCCGCCUCGGCCAAGCACCACCUUUCUCACACACACCCGAUCGAUCUUUUAAUACACGAAGCAAACAUUCAGUAUGAAGAUUAUCUAGCUGGGGCCGGCGCCAGUCAGACCCUGCAAGAUGCUGUCUUGGAGUAUCGAAAGCGGGGGUUUGAUAAAUGGUACGAAUAUGCGACCAACCGAUCUUCAUUAGUUAUCGAUGAGUUUGAUCAAAUCUACAGGAAUCUACUUCCAUUCCGUGCUCUCAGCCCGGCAUCUAUUCGAGAAGCGACACAUAAGCUGGCGACGAAUCCGUUCAAUGACCUUGGAGCAAUCAGAAUUCGAAAUGGGAAGCCCGAGUUACAAGAAGGCAUUAAGCCAACCCAUGCAUGGAUGGUAAAAGGAGCCGCAGAGAUGAUGGAAAACUUUUCAGAGCAUCUACCUGAUAUGGAUAUUGUCUUCAACUUAAAUGAUGAGCCACGAGUGGCAAUACCGUGGGAAAGGGCCUUGACCUUGAAGCGUGAAGCGAAAUCACAAGAAUCCAUUCCCGUGGAGAGACUUGUGGAUACAUGGUCUUCAAAUCGACAAUCCGGCUGGGAUCCAGUUGACCCAAUCGAUCAAACGAACCAGACUGUUUUCACGGAUGGUGCAUGGAAUGGUAUAUUCGAUCGUUAUGUGAGCGCCGUUUGUCCGCCCUCCUCAAAGUCCCGUACCCAGCGUAUCUGGAACCGACAUGACAUCUGCCUCGACUGUGUGUCGCCGCAUUCCAUGGGUCAAUUUCCUGUUGACUUCAAUCUGGCAUCGGACUUUUGCCAUCAACCAGACCUAGCAUACCUUCAUGGGCUUCUGAUAUCCCCCGCUUCAUUCAAGGUGUCCCAGGAAUUGAUACCAGUUUUCAGCCAAAGUGCUCUUUCUGGAUUCAACGACAUCCUCUUCCCUAGCCCCUGGAACUAUAUGGACAAGGUGAAAUAUGACCCGUCGGAAGAGUAUCCAGACCCGGAGUAUGAAAGAAAGAUCAAUUCUUUAUACUGGGUGGGCAGCACAUCUGAAGGCUACAGUCGAUUUGAUCAGUGGAAAGGAAUUCCAAGGCAACGCUUCGCCCAUCUGAUCAACAACAAUACCGAUAACCAAGUAUCCGUUCUCCUUCCCGUCGACGGGCGGUCCUACAAAUACGAAAUAAUGAACGGGGCUGCACCGAUUGAUGAGUUGCACUUCGAAACGAAUGUCCACAUCGCCGGCCCCAUAACCCGUUGCGGAGACUGCGAUACUCAGCGCGACGAACUGGGAACGGUCUCCUGGGUCGAUUUCCAAAAUCACUGGUCUAGCCGAUACCUAUUCGAUCUCGACGGUGCUGGAUUCAGCGGCCGUUUCUUGCCUUUCUUGCAGAGUCGCAGCCUACCAUUCCGCACCGGGCUCUUCCGACAGUGGUUUGACUCGCGUGUGAUUUCAUGGCUACAUUUUGUACCUGUCGACAUCCGUCUCCAUGGUCUUUGGAGUACGCUAGCGUAUUUCUCCGGUGUUCCUGGGACGACGAUCAAUGGACAAGAUCCUAACAAGGCACCUCCGAUGCGGAUGGACGCCCAUACAAGACAGGGGAAAUGGAUUGCCGACCAGGGACGUAAAUGGACCGAUGUCGCCUUACGCAAGGAAGAUAUGGAGAUCUACUUCUUCAGGCUUUUGCUGGAAUGGGGGCGUCUCACAGAUGACCAAAGGGAUGUGCUGGGGUAUAAGCCGCCAGCUUGA